CUGACAGAAAGAACAGGGAAUACUGGAAAAGUGGGGUAAAAUUAAUAGUUGCUGAUUGGAUAUCAGGCAGUUAAACAAGGAAGUGAUUAAUUCUGGGGAAUUCACUGGGGAGGGGUUUGCAUUGCGUGACAGAUGGAAAAGUCUAGGACACAAGCAGGGGUCUGUCUACUCCCCACCCCCUUUGCCCCAUCCUGUUUACCUGCUUGAAGAAUUUCAAAGGAGCUCUGUGUGUGCUCAUGUGACGAAGGGUUGGGGGAAGAAGAAAAAGGGGACUGCUUCUGCUGCACCUUCAUUUUAAGAGUGGCCAAACAGACUUACAAGAAGACUGAAAACCAGGACCUUCCCAGCUGAGAAAAAAGGCUUUUCCAUCAGUAGGUACAUUGACGUAAAGACAUGGCUUUUGAACUGUGGUUUGCUCUUUCCCUGUGCCUUGUGUUGGGAACCUCUGAAGCUGGAAAGCAAAUGCCUAAACUCUCUGACAAGAAACUCUGUGCUGACUCCGAGUGCAGCUAUCCUAUCUUGAUAGCUCGUGCACUGCAGGACUACUACCCUGGAGACUGCAGGUUCAUCCCCAUCAGGCAGGGGCAGCUUGUCUAUGUUUAUGCAAUGCUAAAAGACAGAGGGAAUCUCUUCUGGGCUGGCAGUGUACAAGACGCCUAUUAUGGACAACAGGAAGCUCGCAUUGGCCACUUCCCCAGUAGCAUAGUGGAGGAGACACAUGCUCUCAUGCCAGCCACAACUGAAGUCAAAACUACUAAAUGGGACUUCUACUGUUACUGAUAAUACACUUCCCAAGAAACUUAACUUGAUAUGAUGCACACUGCUGACAGUUUAUUUUUAUGCAUCUAAUAACAUGAGCGCCAAUAGAAGUAUGCAUAAACUCUGCACAGCAAUGAGUGCAUGUAUUAUUAUGAAAACGUAUUAUUAUAAUUUCAUGUCUCCAUUGAUGGUCUUGCUGUCUUUCGAUGACUUAGACAUCAGCAGCGGUUCUGCAGCCUUGCUUUGUUGACAGAUGAACGAUGUACAUUGUCUGUAAUGCUCCUGUUUAUCUGAGGUUUUGCAGAUAAUAAUAAAAGUUGUCCAUCGUGUACUUACAAA